AUGUCCAAAUCGAAGCCUCAUCCUGUGGGCUCUCCAGCAGCGGCUCCCAGCAAGUCUCAGGAGGGUUCCACCGAAAUUGCCUCGAAGCCCGCAACCGCUACGCUUGAGAACCUGCGCCAUGAGAUCCAAGCACGCUUUGAGAAGUUAGACAAGAAAGGACCGAACCCCAAAAAGAACAAGAAGGAUGCAAAGCUUGGUGCAGAAGGGUCUGAGCGAGGUAAGAAGCGUGAUCGAAAUGGUCAAGUCCUCGACCAGGACAAAAAGAAUGCUCCUCGAAAAGACAAUGGAGAAGGUGUUGACGAAGAGGACGAAUUUCGGAAGGAAGUGCAGGCUCUAGGGGGUACCACUGAGGAUCUGGAACUCGUUGCGGACGCAGAAUCGGACUCCGAACUGGAGGGGCCUACGAUCGAGAAGACACCCAAGAAUUUUAAGUCUCGGCCAUCGUCAAAUAUUGAUGUAGACGGUCUGGACAAGGGCCUGAAGAACAUUUUGAAAGAAAUCGCUCUGGCACAGGGCGAGAUUGACGACGAACAAAACGAGUCUGAGUCCGACAAUGUGGACGAUGAAGUUCAAAGGCGCCCUGAAAAGGCAGCCCCGGCUAAGCAGGCCGAUGCCUCAAGUCAGAAACCAGAUCAAAAGCAGGAGAAGAAUAAAGACAAAUCACAGCGUGGAAAGAAGCCCUCAUUCAUCUGCGAACCCAGACCUGAGUGGUACGACGUGCCCGCAGUGGAUGUCGAUAUGGCGGCUGGUCCCAAAUAUACCCCAACGAAAGACUCAAUCGACCAACUCCACGAAUAUGCGAAGACAUUGUUGGAGGAAGAGAACCAGCGGUUCAGAGACUCUCAGCAAUCGUCAGCGUCUCACUCCUUCUACAAUACGGUCGUCACUUCGGGGACACUGUCGGACAAGAUCUCGGCUCUCACACUGGCCGUGCAAGAAUCUCCCCUCCACAACAUGCAUGCUCUUGAGACCUUGAUCGCAUUGGCCCGCAAACGCAGUCGGUCUCAGGCAGUCGAUGUUCUUCGGGCUCUCAAGGACUUAUUCGCACAGGGAUCUCUACUCCCGGAAUCAAGAAGGCUUUAUGCGUUCCAUACCCAGCCAGCUCUGCCCAACGCGCUGGGACAAGUGAAGAUGUGGAGCAAGGGGAAUAAAUUGCCUCGCGGUCUGGAUCAGAAGCACCUGGUGGUGUGGGCGUUCGAAGAUUGGCUAAAAGAGCAAUAUUUCGAAGUUCUCAAGACCCUCGAAGUGUGGUGCAACGACGAGAUCGAGUUUUCCAAAGCACGCGCUGUGAGCUACGUAUAUGAGCUGCUCAAGGAGAGACCUGAGCAGGAAUCGAAUCUGCUGCGGCUUCUCAUCAAUAAAAUCGGCGAUCCAGUCAAAAAGAUUGCUUCACAGGCUUCAUACUUGUUGAUGCAGCUGUUGAUCAAUCAUCCCGCCAUGAAGGGGAUUGUGGUGUCGGCGAUUGAGACAGACUUCAUCUUCCGACCCGGACAAAGCUUGCACGGAAAGUACUACGCAGUGGUGACGCUCAAUCAGACAGCACUGAGCACCAAAGAGGAGGAUGUGGCGCGGAAACUGAUAAACAUCUACUUCUCCUUGUUUACACAACUGCUGAAAACCGGUGCCAUGGCUCCAGAGGAGAAGACGGAUGAUGGACCGCCGUCUCGAGGUCCCCCAUCUCGAGAGCGAGGAAGACAACCCAAAAAACCACCGGUCUCAGGGCAAUCUCAAACCGAUGAACUGAGAGAGAAACUGACAUCGGCGAUCUUGACUGGGGUCAACCGGGCAUAUCCUUACGUGGGAGCGAGCGGCACAAGCUUCGGCGAGCAUAUGGAGACAUUGUUCAAGAUUGCACAUUCGCCAAACUUCAACACGAGCAUUCAGGCGCUAUUGCUCAUACAGCGACUAUCGAAUCAGCACAAGGCGUCAGAUGAUCGUUUUUACCGCGUUCUUUACGAAUCGCUGUUGGAUCCCCGGCUGAUCCACGCCUCGAAACAACAACUCUAUCUCAACCUGCUGCAUCGAGCGUUGAAGGCCGAUCUAAACGUGAAACGUGUCAGGGCGUUCGUGAAGAGGCUGAUUCAGAUCCUGUCGUUGCACGAACCUCCAUUUAUCUGCGGGGCCUUCUUCCUCAUCCGGGAUUUAGAGUCAACCUUCCCUUCACUAGCAGGACUGAUUGACCAGCCAGAGGACCAUGACGAUGACGAAGAAGUGUUUCGCGAUGUUGACGAAGAUGGCAACACUGCUGCUCAGCCUGCAUUGCCUGACAAACACCAGGGCAAUGUCUACGAUGGGCACAAGCGCGCGCCCGAACAUGCCAACGCCGACAACAGCUGUGCAUGGGAACUGCUUCCGUUUUUGGCGCAUUUCCAUCCCUCAGUGUCUGUCAGCGCUGACCACGUCUUGCGACAUGCCAAACUGCCUGGAAAGCCGGAUCUUAGUUUGCAUACGCUCAGCCACUUCCUGGAUCGCUUCGUCUAUCGCAACCCCAAGCUGUCAUCAUCCGGUCUGCGGGGCUCCUCGAUCAUGCAGCCUAUGGCGGCGAGUGAUACGCACAACGUGCUCAUUGCUGGCAGUGCCGGUGGCGCACGCCAGUUGCCGGUGAACAGCGACGCCUUCAAAUCCAAGAAGGGUGAUGAGGUGGCUGCUGAAGACGUCUUCUUCCAUCAAUACUUUGCGACUUUGGCCAAGGGUACAUCGAAGAAGCCUAAGGCUCAGAAGAAGCGGGAGAAGGAAGAUGAUGAAUCCGGCGAUGAGGAUGAGGUGUGGAAAGCCAUGAUGGACAGCGCACCGGAUCUAGAAGGGGAGGUUGAAAGUGACGAUGAUGUCGACCUGUCCGACUUGGAGUCGGCUAUGGACGAGUCUGAUGGGGAAGGAGUCAGUGGUUCUGAUGAUUCUGAUGUGGACAUUGAGGCGGGCAUCUUUGACGAGGACGAGGACGACCUUAUGGACAUGGAUGAAACUGCGGUUAGUCAAGGUGCGGAGUUCGCAGGGUUCGACUCGGCAGAGGAAGAUGAAGAACUUGAGCCCUCGGAUAGGAGGAAGAAGAGCAAGAAGGAGACAAAGGAGGAGACGGGCAAGGCGAAGAAGAACAAAUUGAAGGGCCUGCCGACGUUCGCGUCUGCCGAAGACUACGCGAAGAUGCUGGAAGAUGACGACGACGAGGAUGUGUGA